AAUCGAUUAUGUAGCACGUUGGCCUCUUUAUUUUAUUUCCAAGGAUAAAAUAACUAGACAGGUAUCAAGUGUUUCAUAAAAAGUUUUUUAAAUACUUUGAUUGUUAGCUAAAAUGAAAUUUCUACCGCAAAUACUGACGUCGGUGGCAACGAUUGCAGUAACAUGUGCUGUGACGGCCGCUGCACUUUACUUUAAAAAUCGAAGGAAAGAGAUUAACGAACUGAUGGUAUUCUGCAAAUUACAGUUCAAUGCUUACUGUUGUUUCGAUAAAUUAAUCAGUUAUAUAGAAUCUGCGCAGAAAAGUUUGUGUGUUUGUAUGCCAAGCAUCCAUAAUCCAGCUAUUCAAGCCAGACUAGUAAAACUGAUAAAGGAAAAGAAAAUCAAAGUACACAUUAUCAUUAAUCUAAAUGGAUAUAAGGAUUCUACAGAAUUCCUUUUAAAAGAACUUAUGGAUGCAGGUGCAGAUAUAAAAUGUAGAACAGAACCAUACAACAUGCAACACAAGUUUUGCUUAGUCGACGAUGAAGUACUCUUGACAGGCACUUUAAACUGGGGCGAUGACCGUUCUUCUGACAACUGGAACUAUGUUUAUAUCACCAGCAAGCCUCAGCUAGUCCAGCCUGUAAAAAAUCAAUUUUACCAAAUGUGGAACACUUUUGUAAACUUGGAAGAAGCACCAUUACCACCACAGACGCCUUCGGAGUAUGAAAGUGAUGUAGAUACAGAAAUCAAAGGAGCAGAUGUUACAUCAGAUGAGAGUGGCAUUCAAAAUGAACCAUCAGACGUGCCAUUGUUGAGGGAGACUCAAAUUACACCAGAGUUAUGCAUUCCAUAGAUUUCAGAGUCAUGAAAAAUUUUAAAUUUCACAAAUGUUUACAGUAGUGCAAACAUGCUUAUCAAUAAGUUAAUAGUAUAGUUCUAUGUCUUAAUUUUUUAUCAGUAUACAAUUUUAAUAUAAAAGACUGAUUAGUAUACUAAUAAUAUUAUUGAAAUGGUUACAAUUCAUAAUUUUCAAACAAUUUUUAAUUUUUUUUUUCUUUCUAUCAUGUAUGUAUCUUCGUCUUAUUAGAUGAAUUAGCUUUUUAAAAGAAAAGUUUUUCUCCAUCUACAUUUCCAUAUAUUUUUAUUGCCUUACUUUUAACUUAUUUAUUCUAAAUCAUCUUUU